AAAUACAUAAGAUUUAAACAAUUAAUUAAUUAUAACAUGUAAAUUAUAAAAUUAUUGUAUUUGAAAUAGUUAUAUAAAUAUUUAAGUAUAUGAUUAACAUUAAAAAUAUAUAUCACUUAUUUUCUAAAACAAUAAUUUAUGUAUAGAAAAUUGAAAACAAACACCCGUGCGGUUGCACGGGUCAAAAUCUAGUUACUUUAUUAAAAUGUCCCAUAAAACUUAUUGUUCCAUCACCAUAAGAAAUAUUAUAAAACAGCAAACAUUAGCUCGUUUCUUCAAGAACAUAGUUGAAGAUUAAAACCAAAAGUCGGUUUAUAGGAACUCUGAAUUAACAAUGCGAACAAUAUGGUUAAAAUGAAAAUAAUAACUUACUUCCUAUAUUGUCAUAAUAUCACGUACAUUUAGUAUGACACACACAUAUCACGGUCUUUUUAGCACCUGUUUAUGUAAUUAUUCAUCUCUUCAGAGCAUUCAUGAUUCUAGAUCAAUCAUAAUUGAUAUCUGAUCGAAUAUAAUACCGGCGAUAUUGAUAAGCAUUAUGUAACAUACCGUGUCUAAUUUCAGAAAGUAAUGAGCCCCACAACCAAAAUUUUACUCUCAUCGACAACUCCCACAAACUUAUUUUUUUAACCAGUUCUCCACCUAAAUUAAAUAAUCCAGUCUAGACUGUCUAGUUACACAAAACUAAUAAAAUCAGUAUAAUCACGUUUCGUAAUCUUAAUAGCAUUUUAAAAACUGCGGUAACCUACCCAUAACCAUUAAACCUGAUCAUGACCUGUCAACGUUAAACCUUAUUUCUCACGUUUUUGAAUUAUAUCUCCCUCGUCACCUUCCUUCGACUUAAUAGAGAGACGACGUUACAGAGAGAGCGAGAGAUGAUUGGACAGAGAGAGACAAUUGAACAGAGAGCUGAUCCCUUAAGCGUAUCUAUCUAGCGACGAUGGCCACUGAAAUAGAGAGCUGAGCACUUGAGCGUAUGCAGACUUAAAAAUAUUCAAACUCCAAUGAAAAAGCUCCUGCUUGGGCUCCUUUACGUUAUAAAUACAUGUUUGUGAAAUCAAGAUAUAAGAAGAAAACUGUUUGUCUUUGAAAAAAAAAUAGAACAUAGCCUCUCUGGUACUGACACUUCUUAAUAAUAUGCAUCAGCAUACACAGCAAAAUGAACAAUGUAUAAUUAGAUAUAUAUACCGAGACAUUAUUUGAAAAGUGAUUUACUUAGGUGUUUUCAGGACCGGCUCAAUGGUGGGCAAAAAAAAAAAAAAUUUCUAAACUAUUAUUUUUCUUUAAAAAAUCUGAUAGAUAUAUAUAUAUUUUAAAAUACCAGAAGUAUUUUUAAAAAUAAAUCUAUGGAAAUAAAAAAAUACUUUCGUACAAAAAAAAUUUGGACCCCUUUUCUUAUUUUUAAUAUAAAAAUACAUGUAUUUUUUAAAAAAUCGAGUCCGUGCCUAUUAAGAAAUAGGGGGACUACGGAUUGGGCCCGAGGCGGUCGCACCGCUCGCCCCCUAUCUAAGCCGGCUCUGGGUGUUUUCACCACAAUCAUACUAACAAAUAAACGAUGACAUGUACUAUUAAAAAUGAUAACAUGGAUCCUAUGUAAUUAUGAUUUGGUUUAACACAAUUAUUACAUAUAAAGUUCAAUUAUAAAAAUUCAAAUAUAAAAAUAAUAGAUAUAUGGUAGUUACUAUAAUUAUAAAAUUAUAUGCAUCAAUAUACACAACAAAAGGAACAAUAUAUAUAUCUUUAAAUAUAUAUAUCAUAUACAUUUUUGUUUAGGUGUUUUCACCACAAUCAUUCUAACAAAUAAAUGAUGACAUGUACUAUUAAAAAUGAUAACAUAGAUCCUAUGUUAUUAUGAUUUGGCUUAACACAAUUAUGACAUAAAGUUCGAUUAUAGAAAUAUAAAAUAAUAAAUAUAUAGUCGUUACUAUGAUUAUAAAAUUAUAUGCAUCAGUAUACACAACAAAAGGAACAAUGGUAUAUCUUUAAAGAUAUAUAUAUAUAUAUAUAUAUUAUCUGAGAAGUGAUUUGUUUAGGUGUUUUCACCACAAUCAUUCUAAGAAAUAAAUGAUGACAUGUACUAUUAAAGAUGAUAACAUAGAUCCUAUGUAAUUAUGAUUUGGUUUAACACAAUUAUGACAUAAAGUUUAAUUAUAGAAAUAUAAAAUAAUAAAUAUAUAGUAGUUACUAUAAUUAUAAAAUUAUAUGCAUUAGUAUACACAUCAAAAGGAAGAAUGUAUAUCUUAAAAAAAAUAAAAAAAAAUAUAUAUAUAUAUAUAUAUAUAUAUAUUUCCUAUACAUUAUUUGAAAAAAGAUUUGUUUAGGUUUUUUUACCACAAUCAUUCUAACAAAUAAAUAAUGACAUGUACUAUUAAAAAUAAUAACAUGGAUCUUAUGUAAUUAUGAUUUGGCUUAACACAACUAUGACAUAAAGUUCAAUUAAAAAUAUUCAAAUAUAAAAUAAUAACUAUAUGGUAGUUACUAUAAUUAUACUGAUGCAUAUACAAACUUGACUAUUCAUAUAUGAAUAGUCAGAUGACAUAAAUCAUCUGUUGUGACUUGUAAGCUAUAUUGUAAGAAUAUUUUUAGCCAUAAAACCUCUUUAACUAAUGCUAAACGCGCAAUGAACGUAGCCUCCAUUGAGGAUAAAGCUGUGCAUGAUAAUAAACAAAAAUCAGAAAGGCUAAAUUAGAAAGUAGAUUGGAAAAUACAAUACUCAAUAACAGGAGCAAGAUCUACUGCAAUCGAAUUAUAUAUUACAACAAAAGCUAAGAAGUUACUCUUUCUCUUAAUAUGUAAAUGUGAGAAAUAAAUAUAGUAUAAAUUGCUUAUCUAAAAAAUUUAAAUAUUAAUUGAUCUUAUGGAUUUCUUUCAUAUUACCAAUAAGUUAAAUAGGUUUAUAUAUUUCCUUUGUAAAAAUAUCUAAAUUUGUUAGCAUGUUUGAGAAUCUAAUAUUGAUUGAUAGUUGUUUAGAUACAUAUAAAUAGUUAUUAUAAUCUACUAAUUUAGAGUUAUCAUUUUAUAAAAUACAUCCACGUAUAAACGCAUACACAAACUAUUUGUAUUUCAUAUAACCAAGCUAUGAAGAAUGAAAUAGAAGAGAGGUUUGAAGAUUGGAAAGGUAGAGAGGCAAUCCCUGGCAAACAUGGUGGGAUCGGACCGGCAGCUAUUGCUUGCGUUGUAGAGGUGAUGGAAAACAUAGUGUUCGUUGCUAAUGGAUUCAAUUUCGUUGAAUACUUCAUGAGUUCGAUGCACUAUUCACCAGCCACAGCAGCAAACAUGGUCACUAACUUUAUGGGAACAACGUUUUUGCUCACUCUUCUUGGUGGUUUUAUUGCCGAUUCUUUCCUCACUAAUUUCACAACUUUCAUCAUCUUUUGUUGCUUAGAACUCAUGGGAUUAAUCUUGCUGACAUUCCAAUCUUAUAGCCCGAAGCUCCAGCCUGAGAGUGAUAAAACACCCUCAACUCUUCAAGCAACGAUUCUUUUUACAGGACUUUAUGCGAUGGCUUUUGGUGCUGGCGGUAUCAAAGCCUCGUUGCCCACCCAUGGAGGCGAUCAACUUGACAGGGGAAAUCCAAGACUGAUCUCAAGAUUCUUUAAUUGGUUUUACUUCUCUAUAUGUUGUGGAUCCAUCUUGGCAGUAACUAUCGUGGUGUCAAUCGAGGAGAGCAAAGGUUGGUUUUGGAGCUUUACUAUCUCAGCCGGGACUCUAGCCCUUGCACUCUUUAUUUUCAUGGCAGGGUUACCGUUUUAUCGAUUCAAGUCUCCUACUGGAAGUUCAUUGACAAGGAUCACAAAAGUGAUUGUUUCUGCUGCACGAAACCGAAAUAAGACUGAUUUGGAUGAGGAGAUGAUACAAAGUCUUAUCUCUACAGACGAGGGCAUUUCUCAUACCAAGUUGAAGUGUUUAGAUAAAGCAAUGUUGAACAAAAACAUCUCAGCAAUAGAAGUUGCGGAAACAAGAACAUUUUUGGGUCUCCUACCAAUCUUUUUUAGCACGAUUGCUAUGAACUGCUGCUUGGCACAACUAUCGACCUUCUCGGUACAACAAGGCAUGAUCAUGGACAGAAAACUCUUUGGUUCCUUCGAGAUCCCCGUGCCUUCUCUAGUCGCUAUUCCUCUACUCCUCGUGAUUUUAUCUUCACCUUUAUAUGACUAUUUUGGAAAAAGAAUCUCAUUAGACAUAUCACCAAGCUUUAAUUUAUAUCGCAUCAGACUUGGCCUAGCUCUCUCAUCUUUUUCGAUGGUGAUUGCAGCGAUUGUGGAGACGACGAGGAAAUAUGUAGCGGUUCAUUACGACUUCAAAAUAUCUGUUUUAUGGCUAAUGGUUCAGUAUCUCUUGCUAACUGUGGCUGAUACGUUGGCAUUUGGAGGGAUGCUAGAUUUCUUUUAUAGAGAAGCUCCAUCGAACAUGAAGAGUAUGAGCACGGCAUUGGGCUGGUGUUCGACCGCAUUUGGUUUCUUCCUUAGCACAGCUCUUGUGGAAGUUACCAAUACCAUCACAGGUUGGCUUGGCCAUCAAUGGCUUGGUGGAGAAGAUCUCAACGAGACAAGUCUUGAAUUGUUUUAUGUGGUCCUUUUUGUUCUUAAUACUCUUAAUCUCCUUAACUAUAACUUCUGGAUGAAAGGAUAUUAAGCGAAUAACGAAAUAGUAAAGUAUCAAAUAUGUAUGAAUUAUGUCAAAAAUGUCCAUGAGAUAUAGUUCUAGUAUUAUCUAGUAUGUUGUAUUAUUUUGAUAUGUCAUCAUCCAGAUUCAACAUGAAUAUCAUAAAUAUUGUUGACAAAUUAAAUGAAUUUUGAAAAUAUUUAUUCAUAAAAUACUGAGUUUCACAAAGAAGCUUUGAAUUAUUAUUUUACUGCAAAAAAUAAAUUAUGUAUACUGGGAAUCAGUUGCAUGUUAUGCAUCACAUUCUUUAAACCUUUUACUUUUAGGGUUGACAUAGUUGGCAAUUGGCAUAAUCACCAUUAUACGUACAGCGGAAUUGGUUUGGUGUAUAUAUAUCUGUUCUGUGAAACGAAACAAAAAAAAAUUGUGCAAGGAAACGAGUAACGGUCUUAUAGUGACGCAUAAAAUCACAUGAGAAAUGCUCUGAUUCCGUAGCUACACCAACUUAUGUCUUCAUCUUCAUUGUUGCAGUUUCUUUUUUCUUUUUUUUAGUGAAACUUUUUAUUUAUUGAUUUUGAACCCUAAACGGCAACCAAAACAGUAACCUCCGGCUGGGAUUAAAGACAAAUAGUGGCUAAGUGGAAGGGAAAAAGUAGGUGACAUCUGACUUUCCUCUAGUCCGAAAUUAUUAGCUCUACAUGUGGCCACGCGGAUAUGGGUCCAUGCUUACGGCCCAUUUGAGUACCCGGAAGAGGAUCCAUCCGUAGGUUGCACCUUCUACCCGGGAGUUAGGUCUGUGUUUUUAAUAGAUCAGGGUUUAACCCUUUAAAAAAAAAAAGUAGGUGACAUCGGGGAGGAAGAGAGAACACCUGUGGACGUGAGCAUAAAAACAGAGCCAUCGCCGGAAGAAGAGUUGAGCGCCGGGUUGUCCAGAUCUGGCACAUAGAGCCCCUGGAAAUAGGAUAAUAAUCCUAUCUACCGGAUCUGGUCUUUCUCGUUGAAGUCUGACCCACGGCCAAUUGCCUACAGCCAUAGAAAUAGCUGACCGCCGCCUUCCACAUCUGGACCAGCUAUUUAGCCGCAUUUGCCAGCUCCACUCUCAGAGUUCGGUAUUGCUUUUAUUCAUGCACAUGUUCAAUAUGUCUAGUCUACCACAAUGGACCAAAGUAAAUUAGACCUUGAAGAUAGUAAAUAUAUUACUAAUAUAAGCGGAGAACGUACCACUGUAUCAAUCACGGACUUGUUCACAUUCUUCAAGAAGAUGGCAUGAGCCUGUAAAUAUUAAAACCACACCACAAAAGAAGAGAUGGGUAUUGCAUGCUUUUGUUAGGUUGCAGAUAAAUUUUAUAUUAAACAUGCAAGUUAGAGAUGGCAAAAUGUCGACAAAUGCCUUAACAGGACCUCAGAUGGAUACAAUAGAAGACUCAAUGAGACAACCGUAAGCUUCCCAUGGAGCAAUCAAGUAAGGAUGAUAAUCGUUAGCUCAGUGACCAGCUAGGACAUGCUAAAAUAAAUUGCAAUUACAUAUAUGAUAUUUAGCAGUACAUAAAUGUGAAUACAAUCUAUAUAUUUUACAAAACUGAUUGUUUUACUGAAUUAUAAACCAUAUAUUUGAAAUUUCAAUCCAAUAAGGUGAGAAACCUUUUUAUUAGCACCCACUUGGUCAAUCAAAUCUGGAUUCAUAAAAUCCCAACAUUUGUUUCUAUACGUGUCACGAACAUCUUCACAUGAAUUGUAGCAGUCAGGCUUUUGUCCUGCAAGGAAAAACAACAUACGUCACAUGAAAGCUAGGAAAGAAAGAUUGAAAACAAGCCAUCAAUUAUUCUGAAAUGAAACUCUUCCCCUCAAACUGUUGUGGUUGCUUCACUGUGAAAAUGAAUCUCUGUGGGUAUCUUGGAUGAAAAGAAACAGGCUAAAAGGUGCAAGCUUUUGGAGCUUUGGUGAGAAGAAGCACCAGUCUUGGAUUUGGAAAUCCAUCCUUCGCAUCCGGCCCUUAGCUGAACAAUUUUUAAUUAAGAUGCGAAGUGAGAAAUGGUAUUUCGGCCAGCUUCUGGUAUGAUCAUUGGCUGCCACUAGGUCCUCUGAUCAGGUUCUUUGGUUAUAAUGGGCCUCAGUAUCUCCGUAUACCGCUGAAUGCAACAAUCAGAGAGAGAGAGAGAGAGAGCUGUCCAAGCAAUGGCUGGCUUAUCCGUCCUGCCAGAUCGCCUAAAGCGGAGCAUCUUCAGGUGCUCUGUUCAGUGCCGCUACCAGCUCAAUCUGGAUCUCCUGACAUUUAUAAAUGGUUCGUAAAUUAAGUCAGCUUGUCUAAGUUUCACACCAGCUUUACAUGGGAAGCUAUCAGGCAUAGAGGAGAGAAAGUUGAUUGGGUUUCUCUUGUCUGGUUUAAAGGUCAUACUCCAAAGCACGCCUUUCAUAUGUGGGUUACUCAACAGGAUAGGUUGCCUACUCGCGCACGGCUUGCUACUUGGGACCCAUGUAUUGAUGCAUCUUGCCUUCUUUGUGAUGGAUGUGCUGAGACAAGAGACCAUUUAUUUCUGAGAUGCAGCUUCAGUGAACAAGUCUGGCACCUUGUGACCAAACGUCUAAGCUACCGGCCUACUCUGUUCCAUACUUGGACAGCCUUUGGUGACUGGCUUAGUUCAUCAGACUCCACAUGCCCUACAACGCUCCGUUGGCUUGCUGCUCAAGCAACAAUCUACCAGCUCUCGGCAGAACGCAUUAAUAACCAUCUUCACAACACAACCUCUUCUACGCCUCAAAAGAUCCUCAAUGACCUAGACAGGCUAAUACGUAACUCAAUCCUUGCAAGGAAAAAGCGAAGGAAAUUCAGAGGUCUCAUGCAAGUUUGGCUAAAGCAUUUUUGAAAUGUUAAUUGGUGAUGUAUAAUACCAAUUUCAAAGUUUUUUUGGUGUUUUUAACUUUUUAUGGCAUCGUUUGGCUUGAUUGCAUAACUUUUUGUUUGUACAAAUUAGCUUCAUUUUAAUGAAAUUCACAUAUUUAUCAACAAAAAAAAAAGACUAUUAUGAAAUGAUAAGUUACUCAUACCAUAAAAGAAUGUC